UGUUAUCAUAUUUGGCUGGAGAUGGAUAUAAUUGUCUAUCGACAGCAACUGUGCCCAAGGACUGUGAAGAUUGGAACAGGAGCCAAGCCUUAAUAAAUAACUUCAUUUGGUUGCAGACAGUAAGAGAGAGAUGCAAAAAAAAAAAUUUGUUUUGUUGAGCCGAGGAGAGCAUGUCAGCAAGCUGUCCUUUAAUGUUUUUUAAGAACUAAUAAUCGAUUCUUAAUGCAUCUUGCCGAUUGUCAAUUGGUAUUCAUUUUUCUGUGUAUACUACAGAACAAAGUUAAUUUCCAUGUGUGUGCGUGUGUUUUUGUCUUCUGGGUAAAAGUGACUGGCUCUAUGAUCAAAUAAGCAGUGAUUGAUUAUCUUCUGCCAGGAAGUAGCAUGUUUCUUUUUCACAAACUUGGUAUCGUCAUUUCUUUCCAGAUAAAAGCUUGUGGUUUGUGAGUCCUGCCUUCAUGCAUCCUUUGUCAUACCAUGAACAUAAUAUGCUCGUCAUAAUCUGCAUUGUCCAUUCCUAGGUGCAAUUGCGCUUUUUUGCAGCCAGAUAGUUGCGAUUGUGCUGAAAGGAAAUAAUGCAACUGUUUUAAAGCCUCAAUUGAUUUCGCUAAAAUUUUAUUGUCUCUUAUAGAUUGAUGACUCAGUUGCGGAUACGUUUAAUCUGAUUUCUCCAUUCAAAACGAUGCCUUAAUAUAUAAGAGUCUCUUUCAUACACGCAACAAUUUUUAUGCAGACUGUAAUUUGAAUGCAAAAGUUAGAAAUAACAAGCUUCUUCAUGGCCAAAUCUCUGUUGUUCGAUUGUUGGUUGGUUUGCUUGGAGAGACAUCUGUCUACACAUAGAUUUUGGUAUGCUAAGUUUUCUACUGUGGUUGGCUCUUGUCAUGUAAACGCAGAAUAAUGUUUAAUCAGUGCAUGACACCAUUUAAGUAUGAAUAUGUACCUCUUCUCUGAUUCUCAAGUGACCUUGUGGCCUCUAUUGCAUCAGACUGAUAAAUCUCAUGUGCUAUGCGAGAUUACUGUUGGAUUUAUUAGAUUGCCAUUGGAUUUUUGGGUGGUUUAAAAAAUUUCAGAUGGUUAAUCCAAUAUCGCUCCAAGCUGUCACCACUGCGUUAGUCUGAGCAAUUAACUUUAAAUGCUCUUUGUCCAUAUGGGUGGUUCUUCUGGGCAUUUUUUACUCUGUCACAUCAAUGAGAAGUUAUUUUUGUAUCUUUGAACGAUCAGACCGAAGGUUCAUGAGUGCCGAUGAUACGUUUAGCACAAUGCAAUAUUCUUUGAGGAGCUAAGGUUGAUUGGUUCAUAUCAAUGAUAGAUUCUGGACCUACAGGUCAUUGGAUCCGUGCCAUCUGCUGGAUCAAUGGCAGAUUUAACACAUCUAAAUUGUAAAAGUUAUUUUGCCUCGGAGUUUCUAAUUUUCUGUAGCAUAAACAACGGACCAAGAGUAUGGGACGGGUAGAUGACUAUGUACAGGAUAAAGUCCGGGAUAUAUGGCAUGGCCAUGAACUUUCGGAGCCAAUCUCCUGUACUGGUCUGUUAAAAAUUCGAAUGAAGUUAUGAACUUGACCUGAAAUUGGCUUUGUGAAUUUGGGUGGAGUUUUGGAGCAGAUGAUAUUCUCCUCCGGCAAAAGAAUGACGUGGAAAAUACCUUACUUGGAUGCGACUCGAACUGAUGAUAUCUUGUCGAGUAAUUCGAACCCCUCCAUCCUGAAGGGCCAGUUUCCAUUUCCUCACUAGCAAAUUACAUUUCAACCUGAAGAGAACGGAGUGGUUGUCCCCCUAAGAGGUUGCAGUAUCCGAACCGGCUUUUACUCAGAAUCAAUUUUGCCACUCCUUGUUCUUCCUUGGCCUUUUCUUCCUCUCUCCUGUUCAUUUGGCAUGUAACUGGGGAGUGGCGGGAGACGACAAAGCACCAUUCAAUGAUACGUCGUGGGUCAACUUUUUCUUGCCUUCCCUGUGUUCCUAAACUCCAUUUUUAUGAGUCUCUGCACCCUUUGAGGCUGAGCCACUCCCAGAUGUGGAACUGGACCAUAUAAAUAGGAUUCGGUGCCGAUGCACUGAAAUGUGAGCAGUUCUUGUGGGUUGCGUAGUGAUCAUGGAUCAAAAUGCACCCGCUGGUUUUGUUUUCAACCCCUCAGGUUCUCCCUCGAUGUAUUAUCGAGACAGGAAGGGUAACCGCAUGAUCGAUCUGGGUCUUAGCCUGGGAACUCUGCAGUCUGAUACACGCGAUGAUGCAUCUGGCAAGUGGGGAGGCCUUACAGGGUGCGGCGAGCUAAUCGACUGGCAGCAACUGAACCACUUGGAGUACUCAAACUCAAACAACCCGGGCUCAAAAUUUCUCCAGGACAACUUCUACAAUGAGGAGGCAGAGGGUGUUCAGAGCGAAGAGCGAUCGAUAUAUGUCAAAGUCACCAUGGAUGGAGUGGUCAUCGGUAGAAAACUGUGCAUGCUUGAUUACAGCAGUUACUGCAGUUUGGCACUUCAAUUGGAAGACAUGUUUGGUGGACAAUGCGCAUGCGGGUUGAGAUUGUCUGAACCCGAGUCCGAGUAUUCCUUGCACUAUAAGGAUAGGGAAGAGAAUUGGAGGAUUGUGGGUGAUGUUCCAUGGAUGGAGUUCAUCGGACGCGUCAAGCGUAUGCGGAUCAUGAGAAAGAGCGAGGCAUAUCUCCCAAUGAUCCCGGAAAGGCAUCAGGUGACGAACGAGCAGCUUGAUUGUGGUUUCGAGAGCAAAGACUCGACCGAGCUGUGAAAUGAAGUCCAUGUUCCUUAAAGUUAAAGCCAAAGGUGUAUCAAGUAGACCUUUCGAAAU